AUAAAUUACGCUUGAGUUUAGAUGAUAAAAUGGGAAAACGCAAAGACUAAACGAUGGCUAAACGAAUCUUCUUCCCACACACAGAAGGGCGUUACUGAGAGUUUUGGGGCAGCAGUCUCCUGUCUGAGCACAUCUCAUCUGACAGAUGAAGUGAUUAGGAGGAGCAAGCGAAUGAUACUGGACACGCUGGGAGUGGGAUUGCUUGGAACCAGCACUCCAGUCUUUAACACAGUCCUUCAGUGCAGCCAAAGGCAGCAAGCACUGGAAAACAGCAAGGUCUGGGGAAGACCAGGAUUAUCUCUUCCACCUCAGUAUGCUGCCUUUGUUAAUGGAGUUGCGGUGCACUCUAUGGACUUUGAUGACACCUGGCAUCCAGCCACUCACCCCUCUGGCGCUGUGUUGCCGGCUGUCCUGGCACUGGCUGAAACUUUGCCUGUUAAACCCUCUGGCCUGGAGCUGUUGCUGGCUUUCAAUGUAGGCAUAGAGGUUCAGGGGAGACUCCUGAGGUUUUCUAAAGAGGCAUACAACAUUCCCAAAAGAUUCCACCCGCCUGCAGUUGUCGGGGUUAUGGGCAGCGCGGCUGCUACGGCUAAACUUUUGGGUCUCCCAGCGGCCCAGAGCAUAGCAGCUCUAGCAAUAGCCUGCUCAUCUGCUGGAGCGCCCAUGGCAAAUGCUGCGACUCAAACCAAACCUCUCCACAUGGGUAAUGCAGCCCGGGGUGGUCUGGAGGCCUCCCAGCUCGCUUUUCUGGGCCUCGAGGGUAACACACAGAUUCUGGAUCUGGAAUCAGGCUUCGGGGCCUUCUAUCCAGAUUACGUCCCUCACCCGCUGGUUGAGGUCACCCCUAGUUCCCAUUACAGGUGGGUGUUAGAAGACCAGAACAUUGCGCAGAAGCGCUUUCCCGCUCAUCUCGGGAUGCACUGGGUUGCGGAUGCAGCAAUAGAAGCGAGGGCGAAAUUUCUGGACAAAUACCCAAAUGCAGAUCUAAGUCAAAUCAAUAAGAUCACUCUCAGAGUGCCCUCAUCCAGAUAUGUAGAUUGCCCUCUUCCGGUUAGCGAGCACCAGGCCAGACACUCAUUCCAGUUCAACUGCUGUACCGCUCUGCUGGAUGGUGAGGUCACUGUCGAGUCCUUCAGCAAAAGCCAGAUGAACAGAAGUGCCCUGAAGGAGAUGCUUCUGAAAGUACAGCUGGAAAAUCCACAUGACAAUCAUUCGAGUUUUGAAAAGAUGUAUUGCGAAAUUGCUGUGGAGACAACACAGGGGGAAACGUUCAGUGCACGCUGUAACACUUUUUAUGGUCACUGGAGGAAACCACUUAGUCAUGAGGAUCUGGUGAGGAAGUUCAGGGCUAAUGCUUUGAAUGUGCUGAGUGCUGAUGUUGUGGAGGGUAUUAUUUACACUGUAGACCGUCUGGACACAAACCAAGACUGUUCAAUGCUUUGGUCAUACAUGCACUUUAAUAAGCACAUGAUGCACAAAGAUGAGCGCCGCUACUCAGCUUUGGCCUGAAUUAUGCCAUCAUUUAGGCUAAUAGAAAGUAUGUCAGUGAACCACCUGUCAUAUUGAAACCUGUCAUGACAUGUUCCUUUAUUCUCCUUUUGGUGGAUUCGUACUAAUUUUGAUGGUGAAUAUGAUAAAUGCAUAAAUGCUGAUGAGGUAAAAGCUUGAGAACCAUUGAGGUAUUGUGACUUGAAUCUUGUGUUUUGCAUUCCAACCAAAUGUUACAAGGUAAUUCCUUACCAAAACCAACUUUUGUAUGUGAUUACAAGUAUAUUCGACAAGCAUUUUGAGUGUAUUCUGGCUGACCUACUGUAUUUCUGCAAUGUCAGACUUUUUUUUCCAAAUACACAACAUUAAGUAAUAGUGCUCUUUCAUCAGAUGUAGCUUUUCCCAGAAAUUGGAGAAUAAGUUUCUUUCACUUGUCGAACUGAAAGUGAAGAGAGAAUACAGCUUUGUUCAUUUUCACGUUUCUGAAUGAAAGGUUUCACAUCAUUUUCCCUCUUUUGUUUGUGCAUCACUGUUUUCUGUUCUGUUUCUCUAUUUUUUUCUAUCUCAUGUUGAAAUUACCUUGACAUUACCAUGUUGAAUUAUUGUAUAAUUGUUGUUUAUCUAAUAAAGUAAUUUACAUUA